CACUUCAGGCUGCAACGGUGUGCUGUUUCUUUAAGGCCACCUCCUAGCAUUACUAUCGGAGUCGCGCACACCGUGCCGUCACCACGCCCCUUUGCGUACGUGCGCGCCCCCGUUGGUCGCGUGGUGUUCUUCCAUAUUGCUGCUAGUAGUCGUGAGAUUACAUUAUUAGGAAUUUAAAGAGGUACUCGCAGGCUUUUAAAAAUCUAUAUUUACAGAUAUAUGUUUUAAUUGAAAGCAACCACUCUGCAGCUUAGACUGAAGGAUAUUUGGUCUAGGGGUGGAGUGGAGUAGUAAGACUGCGGUUAGACUGUAAUUUCGGAGAGAAGGACUUCGCUCCAGUUAAUACUACACAGAAGAAUUUGGGGGGUAGACAGAGAAAAGGGGAAAUGGCCACUCAGGUGGAGACUGUCCUUCCCAGCAACAACCCGCUAAUGCAACAAGAAGGGCACGGGCAUGCAAGCAACGCGACACACGAGGUGGGCAAGGAGGAGAAGCAGCCGACCGGGGGCACGGGGAGCGACGCGAAGGACUACGACGAGCACGGUGGAUAUGCGAGUAAUAACGAGCAAAGCAAGGAGCAGCUGAACGAGGGGGGCGACGAUCCAGAGCAGAGAACCGCGGAGCGAGAAUCGAGCCGGCUCAAGGAGGUGGAGACCCCGGGAGGAGAGGGAGGGGAGAAGGGCAGCAAAAAGGAGUUUACCGAGGCCCCCCUUCCCAAGGUGAACCCGUGGACUAAGAAAAUGAAUUCGGUGACCGUGAUCAGUGUGAAUGGACAAGCGCAUCCUGAUCAGCCAGCUCCAGCCAAGGUGGUGAAGGCUGGUAACCCAAGACCAAGGAAAGGCAGUAAGGUCAGUGAUUUUGGUGAUGCAAUGAGCUGGCCAACCCCAGGGGAAAUGGUGAAUAAGGAAGUGCAGGCUCCUGUUGGAAAGCCGCAGCCUCCUAAGAAGACUGCGGUGAAGGAGAAGCGAGACAGCGAGGAGAGCAAGGAGAACCAGAAGACCAGGUCUGACGAUUCCGGGGAGGAGAAGAACGGGGACGAGGACUCCCAGAAAUACGGGUCCCGGAAGAAAGGUAACAAGCAUCGAUGGGUUCCUCUUCCCAUUGAAGUGAAAUCAGAAGGUCCCAAAGAGAGGUCUGCCUCCAGAAACAACACGCGCCAAAACGAACACUACAGACUUCCCCCCAACAGCAGGAACGACUUGAGGGACUGGCACAGUGCUAACAGGUACGAGCGAGACUGGCGGGAGGAUCACGACGAGGUGUCGAGUGUGAAGAGCGAGGGAGCCCCCUUCCGAGGAGGCUACAGGGGCCGGGGGCGUGGCCGAGGGAGAGGGAGGGGCCGAGGCAGGGGGGGCAGCAGAGGUCAUUUUGACUACCAGUACGGCUACAAGAACUAUGAUGGUAAAGAAGGAAGUUCUGGCCAGAAGUUCAACAGCACGGUGACCUAUUACUACGACAACACCAGCAGCUCGGAGAUGUACUCUGUGGACCAGGAGCUGCUCAAGGAUUAUAUCAAGAGACAGAUCGAAUACUACUUCAGCCUGGAUAACCUAGAGAGGGAUUUCUUUCUGCGGAGGAAGAUGGAUUCGGAAGGUUUCAUCCCAAUCCCGCUGAUCGCUGGCUUCCACAGAGUGCAGGCACUGACGACAGAUCUCAACCUCAUAGUGCUGGCCCUGAAGGACAGUAAAGAGGUGGAGAUUAUUGACCUGAAGAUCCGCAGGAGGGAGGACCCCGAGCACUGGCCGCUGCCUGGCCUCUCCGCCCCUGACAACACCCAGACUGACUUCUCCCAGCUCAUCAACUGCCCUGAGUUUGUGCCCAGGCAGGCCGACAGUCAGACAGAGUCCGCUCCAGGCUCUCCCAGAUCCUUGACUCCCAUGCAGCCCAAGCAUGAAGAUGUGAGUAACCUGAAGACCAUGCCCAAGGGGCUGUCUGCCAGCCUGCCCGACCUCGACUCUGACACCUGGAUUGAAGUGAAGAAGAGGCCCAGGCCUUCACCCUCCAGACCCAAGAUGCCAGGAAUGAUGUUAUGUUUGUUUAAACAGAAGCCGGAGGAGUGUGGCUCUCUGGUUCCGGUGCAGCAGCUGGCGGGUCCGGACGAGCCCGAGGAGCUGGACUUUAUGUUCGACGAGGAGAUGCAGCAGAUGGACGGCCGCAGGAACAACUUCACGGACUGGUCCGACGAGGACUCGGACUGCGAGAUCGACGACCACGAUGUCAACAAGAUCCUGAUCGUCACGCAGACCCCCCCCGCCCUGCGCAAGCACCCCGGGGGAGACCGCACCGGCAACCACACCUCCCGCUCCAAGCUCUCCACCGAGCUGGUGAAGGUCAUCAACGAUGGGCUCUACUACUACGAGCAGGACCUCUGGGACGAGUCUUACGAGCCGGAGUACGCAACCAUCAAGCAAGAAGUGGAGAACUUCAAGAAGGUGCAUCUGAUCAGCAGGGAGCAGUUUGACUGUCUGACCCCCGAGCCCCCCGUGGAUCUGAACCAAGAAGUGCCGCCCGGACCCCCCCCACCUCAGCAGAUCCCUACAGACGCUUUAGCCAAUAAACUGUUUGGUGCCCCCGAACCCUCUACAAUCGCCCGAUCGUUACCGACAACUGUGCCCGAGUCUCCGAACUACCGCAACGCCAGGACGCCGCGCACCCCCCACACCCCCCGGUUAAAGGACCCCACACAGACACCCCGCUUCUACCCCGUGGUGAAGGAAGGCCGGCCUGUCGAUGCCAAGACCCCACGCAAGAGGAAGACUCGGCACAGCUCCAACCCCCCUAUGGAGUGCCAUGUGGGCUGGGUGAUGGACUCCAGAGAGCACAGGGCAAGGUCCAGGACGGCCUCUGUCAGCUCGAACGCGAGUCCUUCUGAAGGCACGCCUGCAAACCUGGGCUGCACCCCCCAGUCUCUUCCCAAGUUCCAGCAUCCCUCUCACGAGCUGCUCAAGGACAAUGGCUUCACACAACACGUGUACCACAAGUACCGCCGGCGCUGUGUCAACGAACGAAAGCGGCUGGGGAUCGGCCAGUCCCAGGAGAUGAACACGCUCUUCCGUUUCUGGUCCUUCUUCCUGCGGGAUCACUUCAACAGGAAGAUGUACGAGGAGUUCAGACAGCUGGUGGUGGAGGAUGGGAAAGAGGGAUACAGGUAUGGCUUGGAGUGUCUCUUCAGGUAUUACAGCUACGGACUGGAAAGGAAAUUCAGGCCUGACAUAUUUAAAGAUUUUCAGGAGGAAACCGUCAAGGAUUAUGAAUCUGGACAGCUGUAUGGACUUGAAAAGUUUUGGGCAUUCCUGAAAUACUCGAAAACCAAGACCCUGGAAAUCGACCCCAAGCUGCAGGAAUACUUGAGCAAAUUCAAGCGCCUCGAGGAUUUCCGGGUGGAUCCUCCGAUGAACGAGGAUGGAGGUCGUAGGAGACACUCGUCCAGCGGAGAGGGAAGGAGACGCUUCCCAUCGGGCCAGCUGGGGUACAGCCAGGCCCAGGUUUCGCAAGGCCCAUCCAGAGAUGAUGCCAAAAACCUGAACCAGAAACCUGCUGCUGCUGCUGCUUCCCUCGCACCCGCCUCGGAGCCUCAAUCCCAGGAGAAGUGACCCGCCAGGGAGGGGGGGGGUGUGGGAGGGGGCUGGCCUUCAAUCUCAUUUCUUUAUAACCCGGGGGGGGUGAUCCAGGAUUUCACGCAAGCAUGAAAAAGACGUUUCCCGUUCUCGAUCAGGCGACUCUAUUGCUCUUCCGAAUGUUCUUUUACAUUCACCAACGUUUCGUCUCUGAGAGAUUGAAAAGACUUGAAGUGGAGCACUGGAAGAGAAAGUGCUGCUUGCUUGCGUUUCGAUUGCCUUCUUGCUUGCAAACCCAGCCGGGUCCUCCUCAGCCAGGACAGUCCGUAUGUAGAGGUUUUAUUUUGGAGCCUGUUGCAGAUUAGCUGACGUGGGCACUUCUUCCUUCCGGACCCUCUUUCCCCACUUCUUUGACUUCCUUUAUUACCUGGACCGCCAGCAUUUUGGUUUGAGGAGCCUGAUUUAGGAGACGGCUGUUUGAAAAGGAAAGCUUUGUUUUGAUUUGAUUUUGGGGCUGGCAAAGACUUUAUUAAUGACAUUGAAAUCCCUGCCGAUCAGCAGGAUCUUUUGAAAGUUGCCUUAUUUGAACAUUCUUUUUUUUUUUUUUGUGCUUCAUGUUUCCCCUGCAGCCCGUAGUGUUGAUUUUGAUGUGUGUAACAUUUCAUUGCAGUUUUCAGUCCCGAUUCAGUGAGACGAGUGAAACCGGCACCGGACUGCACCUUCCUGUGCUGGCUCUCGUCCUCCAGGUUUCACCCGCUCUGUUCCACAACGAUGAGCUCUUGAGCCGAGUGUUGCAGGGAGCAGGGAGGACUCUGACGAGACUGCAAUCACACUCUGAAUACUUGAAGAGCGCCUCGCAGGACACCUGCAAAGCUGGUGGUGCUUUUGAAUUGUAUAUUUAUCUAACGUGCUUCAAACAAUAUCAUGAGAAAAACAAAAGGCAUGAAAAGAAAUGCUGCUGCUUCUGCAAUGGAAGUGUAGGGUUACCAGGACCUGAGUGCGCAAUGCGUCUUCAUCAGACAGGCACAUCUUUUGAAAUCCAUGUCAUCACAAUUGUCAUUCUCUUGGUAUUGGCUAUCUGACAAUGCUGCCAGUAGACAGUCAUGCUGCCCUUGGUCUGAACCCUUUUCCUACUGUGAUCAGUGCAUGACACCCAUGGCCCUGGGAAGCUGCAGUUUAUUCUUUGUGUUCCUGGUACAACACAACCCUGAGGUUUACGACAUCACUUUGUUAUCUCAUUGUAAUUCCAGUUUAUGGACAACUCGAGUCAAGUGCCGUUUGGAUUUGUGACGAUUUGGUUUUUUCUUUGAAACAAAGUAACUAUUGGACAAUCCACUCAUCGUAAUCAACAGCUGAACAAAAAUGUGUUUGGUAUCGAAGAUCUGCUUUUAAAAUGGGUUUGAUAUAGAAGAUCUGCUUUUAAAAUGGGUUCGAUAUCGAAGA